AAAUUAUUUUCAUCUAGUCAUUCAAAAAAUUAUUUUCAGUACAUUGUUCAGGUUGACCUCAAAUAUAUCGAAAUGCAUAUUUUCUUAUCAGGAUUAAAAAUGCAUAGUAGCACUUGGACUCUAUAAAUGGAUCAAGUUAGUCACUUAAAAUUAAAAGUGUAUGAAUUUUCGCAUAUUUAAACCUACACGCAUCUGUAUAUUUAUUUCAUUAAUCGAUUCUUUUUUAAAAUUAAAAUAAUCGAAAUGAUUGAGAAAGUUAGAUUUGACAAAUGCUGCCUCUGUAUUUCUCUUCAAUUUGGAGCUUACGUUGCUGCAAUAUGGUUUGCUAUUUGGAAUUUUUACAUUGGUGGCCUUGUAAUAAAAAAUAAAGAUAAACCGCGAUCAGUUAAUGCUUACGAAGGAAGUGCUGGAAUAAUUAUUGGUGUAUUUUAUAUAUCGUUGGGUUUUGCUGCACUUUGUGGUAUUCAUGGUAUUUAUUACAAAAAAGCAGGCGAAGUAAAAGUUCUUACAAAAUUCGCUUUCAUUAGCUUAUUAGUGUAUGUACUGUUUAGUAUCAUCGAGAUUAUUCUGUUAUUAAAUGUUGUUGGUUAUCAGAAGUAUUGUAGAAGUUUAAAUCCUAAACAUCCUUCAUACUAUGAAUAUUGUUAUCCUUUUGCUAGAUGGGGUAUUACUUUUGCAGUUGGUAUAAUCUUUGGUGGUUAUCUUUCUAUCGUGCUCAGAUCUUAUAGUAAAAAACUUAAAGAACAAACGCCAAAUGUUUUUGUGGCGGAUAUGACCGCCAUUAUGACGAAUACAUCUUAAUGACGUUUAUUAUCAUCACGUAACUUAUGUUAUACCAUAAGUUAGUUGUAAAUUUACUAUAGGUUUUUAUUAUAUUUUGUAACAUAUAUUGUAAAAUAAACAUCAGGAUUUUUCUAUCCUUUUCAAAAUUUACUUAAG